AUGAUGGAGGACACAUAUCUCUCAGCAAAACCAUCUGAAUCCACCAUCAUUAAUGUUUCAGAAACUCUGUUCUCAUCUGCUCAGACUGGACAUUUAGAUGAAACAUUGUCUGAAAGCACUGUUAUAAACGUCUUGGAGAAGACAACUGCCAAAGAUGGGCUGUCACCUUCAGGUUUUUCUUCAAGCUUGACGUCCAUGGAAUCUGAAGCUUCAGGAGAUGACACCUCUGAUUUGUUUAGCAAAGAGUUCACAACAACAAGUUCUUCACUUUAUACUCCAAACAAAUCAGAACAAGAAACACCAUCUGACACAACAGAAACAAUCUCAGUGUCCAGCUCAACAGAUGCUGAAGCUAGAAGAGAUCAGACAACUGAGACAUAUAGUAGAGAACCUGUUUCCUUAAUUGUCUCUACGUUUUCAUCACUGAGCACUGGGGACUCAACAGGAGAAACCGUUACAAGUAAAGAUGUUACAUCUCAUACAGAAGCAACCACAUCUACUAUGAUGGAGGACACAUAUCUCUCAGCAAAACCAUCUGAAUCCACCAUCAUUAAUGUUUCAGAAACUCUGUUCUCAUCUGCUCAGACUGGACAUUUAGAUGAAACAUUGUCUGAAAGCACUGUUAUAAACGUCUUGGAGAAGACAACUGCCAAAGAUGGGCUGUCACCUUCAGGUUUUUCUUCAAGCUUGACGUCCAUGGAAUCUGAAGCUUCAGGAGAUGACACCUCUGAUUUGUUUAGCAAAGAGUUCACAACAACAAGUUCUUCACUUUAUACUCCAAACAAAUCAGAACAAGAAACACCAUCUGACACAACAGAAACAAUCUCAGUGUCCAGCUCAACAGAUGCUGAAGGUACAAGAUAUCAGACAACUGAGACACAUAGUAGAGAGCCUGUUUCCUCUCUUGACUCUACUGUAACUACUGCUGUACAUACAUUUUCAUCACUGAGCACUGGGGACUCAACAGGAGAAACUGUUACUAGUAAAGAUGUUGCAUCUCAUACAGCCACAACCACAGCUACUCUGAUAGAGGACAAAGAUCUGCUAGGAAAACCAUCUGAUUCCACCAUCAUUAAUGUUUCAGACACUCUGUUCUCCUCUCCUCAGACUGAACAUUUAGACGAGACAUUAUUUGAAAGUACUGUUUCAAUGACCUUGGAGAAGACAACUGCCAACGAUCUACUGUCACCAGCAAGUUUUUCUUCAAGUUUACCAUCUACAGAAUCUGAAGCUUCUGGAGAUGAGACCUCUGAUAUGUUCAUCAAAGAGUUCACGCCGGCAAGUUCUUCUCUUUAUACUCCAACCAAAUCAGAUAAUGAACAGACUCUGUUCUCAUCUGCUCAGACUGGACAUUUAGAUGAAACAUUGUCUGAAAGCACUGUUACAAUGGUCUUGGAGAAGACAACUGGCAAAGAUGGGCUGUCACCUUCAAGUUUUUCUUCAAGCUUGAUGUCCAUGGGGUCCGAAGCUUCAGGAGAUGACACCUCUGAUUUGUUUAGCAAAGAGUUCACAACAACAAGUUCUUCACUUAAUGCUCCAAACAAAUCAGAACAAGAAAUACCCUCUGACACAACAGAAACAAUCUCAGUGUCCAGCUCAACAGAUGCUGAAUUUACAAGAUAUCAGACAACUGAGACACAUAGUAGAGAGCCUGUUUCCUCUCUUGACUCUACCACUGAACAGUUAGACAAGACAUUGUCUGAAAGCACUGUUACAAUGACCUUGGAAAAGACAACUGCCAAAGAUCUACUGUCACCAUCAAGUUUUUCUUCAGGUUUACCAUCUACAGAAUCUGAAGCUUCAGGAGAUGAGACCUCUGAUAUGUUCAUCAAAGAGUUCACAACGACAAGGUCUGUCAGCCAAAUCAUCUGA